ACCAAGUCGGGUUAGUCAGGUUGUGACAGCCUAGGGGAAAAGCUGUAUUGAAUGGAACAAACAACCAGUAGCAGUGUGGCGGAGCUGGCCCAGAAUGGUGAGGAAAUGGAGACGGAUGCCUCAAAGGUGCUGGACCACCAGGAGUACGCCGAAGCCCUGUCAAUAUCCGGUCGAAGUCGAAAAAGGCGCUGGAGCAGGAGGUGGUGCCGCGCCCGGGAAGUCCUAAGUGUGGGCGCCAUUUUUAUCGCCUUGCUGCUCAUCAUCGGCGCCAUUUACAUGCACUUAAGACAGAAGCAUCGCCUGGGCCGACUGCACAUUACGCUCAAGGAUCGGGAAAGGGAGGAAGAUGGUCUAGCGGCGGAGGACGAGGACUUCCAUCUGGUCACCGCAGCCGCAGUGGCUGCCCAGACGAUAACAACAUUCCGGCCAUCUCCUAGCACAUCGCAUCCGAGCGACGAGUGCCUGGCCUGCAUGGCCACCACCGCCACGGCUAAUAUUCCGGCAAUCUGCGGGAACCGAGGGCGGGGUAAGGAGCCGUGCGGCAUUUAUCGCAUCUCCCACGACUACUGGCAGGAUGCACUGCGGAUAGUUGACCCGGACGACUCACUGGCACAGGACUACGAACGAUGCGUGGUGGUGAAAGACUGCGCCGAGAGGAUUGUGCGUGGCUAUGUGCAGCGAUAUGGCUGGGAUUGCAACGGAGACGGACGGAUCGAGUGUCGGGAUCAUGUGAUUCUGCACAUGCGAGGACCCGGCGGCUGUCGCCGGCAAGAGCCCCUUGGGGAGGGGACUGAAAUUCGCUUGGAAAACUGUUUGAAAUACAAGGGCAUUGCAUAGAGCGGA